CCCCGCGCGCACCGACCCUGCGGAGCCAGAGGCAGCCACCCCGGGGCCGCGUUGGGUACCGCGCCUGGCACCAUGACCGCGCCGCGCUCGCGGGUUACAGACUGGGGUUCAGUGCUUGCACCCCAGCGCUAAUUUCAGCAUGCUCAAAAGGAAGCAGAGCUCCAGGGUGGAGGCCCAGCCUGUCACCGACUUUGGCCCUGAUGAAUCUCUGUCAGACAACGCAGAUAUUCUCUGGAUUAAUAAACCAUGGGUCCACUCUUUGCUGCGGAUCUGUGCCAUCAUAAGCGUGAUUUCUGUGUGCAUGAACACACCCAUGACAUUCGAGCACUACCCUCCUCUGCAGUAUGUCACCUUCACCCUGGACACUUUGCUCAUGUUUCUCUACACAGCAGAGAUGAUCGCAAAGAUGCACAUCCGGGGCAUUGUCAAGGGGGAUAGCUCCUAUGUGAAGGAUCGUUGGUGUGUUUUUGAUGGAUUUAUGGUCUUUUGCCUUUGGGUUUCAUUGGUGUUACAGGUAUUUGAAAUCGCUGAUAUAGUGGAUCAGAUGUCACCAUGGGGGAUGCUGAGGAUCCCACGACCACUCAUUAUGAUCCGAGCAUUUCGGAUUUACUUCCGAUUUGAACUCCCAAGAACCCGGAUUACAAAUAUUUUAAAGCGAUCAGGAGAACAAAUAUGGAGUGUUUCCAUUUUCCUACUUUUCUUUCUACUUCUUUAUGGAAUUUUAGGAGUUCAGAUGUUUGGAACAUUUACCUAUCACUGUGUUGUAAAUGACACAAAACCAGGAAAUGUAACCUGGAAUAGUUUGGCUAUUCCAGAUACACACUGCUCACCAGAGCUGGAAGAAGGCUACCAGUGUCCCCCCGGAUUUAAAUGCAUGGAUUUGGAAGACUUGGGACUUAGCAGGCAAGAACUGGGCUACAGUGGCUUUAAUGAGAUAGGAACCAGCAUUUUCACGGUAUAUGAAGCUGCUUCUCAAGAGGGCUGGGUGUUUCUCAUGUACAGAGCCAUUGACAGCUUCCCCCGCUGGCGCUCCUACUUCUAUUUCAUCACACUCAUCUUCUUUCUGGCCUGGCUUGUGAAGAAUGUGUUUAUAGCCGUCAUCAUUGAAACCUUUGCAGAAAUCAGGGUCCAAUUCCAGCAGAUGUGGGGAUCAAGGAGUAGCACCACCUCAACGGCCACCACACAGAUGUUUCAUGAAGAUGCUGCUGGUGGGUGGCAGCUGGUCGCCGUGGAUGUCAACAAGCCUCAGGGACGUGCUCCAGCUUGUCUCCAGCAAAUGAUGCGGUCAUCGGUUUUCCACAUGUUCAUCCUGAGCAUGGUCACGGUGGAUGUGAUUGUGGCUGCUAGCAACUACCACAAAGGAGAGACCUUCAGGCGUCAGUAUGAUGAGUUCUACCUGGCAGAGGUGGCUUUUACUGCCUUGUUUGACCUGGAAGCCUUCCUGAAGAUCUGGUGUUUGGGAUUCACAGGAUAUAUUAGCUCCUCGCUCCACAAAUUUGAGCUGCUCCUUGUCAUCGGAACCACUCUCCAUGUCUACCCUGACCUUUAUCAUUCUCAAUUCACUUACUUUCAGGUGCUCCGCGUUGUGCGACUUAUUAAGAUUUCUCCUGCUCUUGAGGAUUUCGUGUACAAGAUCUUUGGUCCUGGAAAGAAGCUGGGGAGCCUGGUUGUGUUCACAGCCAGCCUCUUGAUCGUGAUGUCAGCCAUUAGCUUGCAGAUGUUCUGCUUUGUGGAAGAACUGGACCGAUUCACAACUUUUCCAAGGGCAUUCAUGUCCAUGUUUCAGAUCCUCACCCAGGAAGGAUGGGUAGACGUCAUGGACCAAACUCUCAAUGCUGUGGGCCACAUGUGGGCUCCAGUGGUGGCUAUCUACUUCAUCCUCUACCAUCUCUUUGCUACUCUGAUCCUCCUGAGUUUGUUUGUUGCUGUUAUUUUGGACAACUUAGAACUUGAUGAAGAUCUAAAGAAGCUUAAACAAUUAAAGCAAAGCGAAGCCAACGCAGACACCAAAGAGAAACUCCCGUUGCGCCUUCGAAUCUUUGAAAAAUUUCCCAACCGGCCGCAGAUGGUGAAAAUCUCCAAGCUGCCCUCAGAUUUCACCGUUCCCAAAAUCAGGGAAAGUUUCAUGAAGCAGUUUAUUGAUCGCCAACAGCAGGACACUUGCUGCCUCUUGCGAAGCCUUCCGUCCACUUCCUCCUCCACCUGCGAUCAAUCCAAGCGCUCCGCCAUCGAAGACAGCAAAUACAUCGACCAAAAGCUGCGCAAGUCUGUUUUCAGCAUCAGGGCAAGGAACCUUCUGGAAAAGGAGACCGCAGUCACUAAAAUCUUAAGAGCUUGCACUCGACAACGCAUGCUGAGCGGAUCAUUCGAGGGGCAGCCAGCAAAAGAAAGGUCAAUUCUCAGCGUGCAGCAUCAUAUCCGCCAAGAGCGCAGGUCACUGAGACAUGGAUCCAACAGCCAGAGGAUCAGCAGGGGCAAAUCUCUGGAAACACUGACCCAAGAUCAUUCUAAUACCGUGCGGUACCGCAAUGCACAAAGGGAAGACAGUGAAAUAAAGAUGAUUCAGGAGAAGAAAGAACAAGCGGAAAUGAAAAGGAAAGUGCAAGAAGAGGAGCUUCGGGAAAACCACCCCUAUUUUGACAAGCCCCUUUUCAUAGUUGGGCGGGAGCACAGGUUCAGGAAUUUCUGCCGGGUCGUGGUCCGGGCACGCUUCAACGCGUCUAAGACAGACCCUGUCACAGGAGCUGUGAAAAACACCAAGUAUCAUCAACUAUAUGACUUGCUGGGACUUGUCACCUACCUGGACUGGGUCAUGAUCAUCGUCACCAUCUGCUCCUGCAUCUCCAUGAUGUUCGAGUCCCCCUUCCGGCGAGUCAUGCAUGCCCCAACCUUGCAGAUUGCUGAGUAUGUGUUUGUGAUAUUCAUGAGCAUUGAGCUCAAUCUGAAGAUCAUGGCCGACGGCUUGUUUUUCACUCCGACCGCUGUCAUUAGGGACUUUGGUGGAGUCAUGGACAUAUUUAUAUAUCUUGUCAGCCUGAUAUUUCUCUGCUGGAUGCCUCAGAAUGUGCCUGCGGAGUCUGGGGCUCAGCUCCUCAUGGUCCUGCGCUGCCUGAGGCCCCUGAGGAUCUUCAAGUUGGUGCCUCAAAUGCGGAAGGUCGUCCGAGAGCUCUUUAGCGGCUUCAAGGAGAUUUUUCUGGUCUCUAUCCUGUUGCUGACAUUAAUGCUUGUGUUUGCUAGCUUUGGGGUUCAGCUUUUCGCUGGAAAACUGGCCAAGUGCAAUGACCCCCACAUUAUUAGAAGGGAAGAUUGUAACGGAAUAUUCAGAAUUAAUGUAAGUGUGUCCAAGAAUUUAAAUUUAAAAUUAAAACCUGGAGAGAAGAAGCCUGGAUUUUGGGUGCCCCGAGUUUGGGCAAAUCCUCGGAACUUUAAUUUCGACAAUGUAGGAAAUGCCAUGUUGGCGUUGUUUGAAGUUCUCUCCUUGAAAGGCUGGGUGGAAGUGAGGGAUGUGAUUAUUCAUCGCGUAGGACCGAUGCAUGGAAUCUAUAUCCAUGUCUUUGUCUUCCUGGGUUGCAUGAUUGGACUGACCCUUUUUGUGGGAGUGGUGAUUGCUAAUUUCAAUGAAAACAAGGGCACAGCUCUGCUAACCGUGGAUCAGAGAAGAUGGGAAGAUCUGAAGAGCCGCCUGAAGAUCGCUCAGCCUCUUCAUCUCCCACCGCGCCCGGAUAAUGAUGGUUUUAGAGCUAAGAUGUAUGACAUCACCCAGCACCCAUUCUUUAAGAGGACCAUCGCUUUACUUGUCCUGGCCCAGUCCGUGUUGCUCUCUGUUAAGUGGGAUGUGGAAGAUCCAGUGACAGUUCCUUUGGCAACAAUGUCAGUGGUCUUCACCUUCAUCUUUGUUCUAGAGGUCACCAUGAAAAUCAUCGCAAUGUCUCCUGCUGGCUUCUGGCAAAGCCGAAGAAAUCGAUAUGACCUGCUGGUGACAUCCCUUGGCAUUGUCUGGGUGGUGCUCCACUUUGCCCUCCUGAAUGCAUACACCUACAUGAUGGGCGCGUGCGUGAUCGUCUUUCGUUUUUUCUCCAUCUGUGGGAAGCAUGUAACUCUGAAGAUGCUUCUGCUGACCGUGGUAGUCAGCAUGUAUAAAAGCUUCUUCAUCAUAGUGGGGAUGUUCCUCUUGCUACUCUGCUAUGCUUUUGCCGGGGUGGUUUUAUUUGGUACCGUGAAGUAUGGAGAGAACAUUAACAGGCAUGCGAACUUCUCUUCAGCCGGCAAAGCUAUUACUGUGCUGUUCCGAAUAGUGACAGGCGAAGACUGGAAUAAGAUUAUGCAUGACUGUAUGGUUCAGCCACCUUUCUGCACCCCCGAUGAAUACACAUACUGGGCCACUGACUGUGGAAAUUAUGCCGGGGCUCUGAUGUAUUUCUGCUCAUUUUAUGUCAUCAUUGCCUACAUCAUGCUGAAUCUGCUUGUGGCCAUCAUUGUGGAGAACUUUUCACUGUUUUAUUCCACAGAAGAGGACCAGCUUUUAAGCUAUAAUGAUCUUCGCCAUUUUCAAAUCAUAUGGAAUAUGGUGGAUGAUAAGAGAGAGGGGGUGAUCCCCACAUUCCGUGUGAAGUUUCUGCUGCGGCUUCUGCGGGGCCGCCUGGAGGUGGAUCUGGACAAGGACAAGCUUCUGUUCAAGCACAUGUGUUAUGAGAUGGAGCGUCUGCACAAUGGCGGCGACGUCACCUUCCAUGAUGUCCUCAGCAUGCUGUCCUAUCGGUCUGUUGACAUCCGCAAGAGCUUACAGCUGGAGGAGCUACUGGCCCGAGAGCAGCUGGAGUACACCAUUGAGGAGGAAGUGGCCAAGCAGACCAUCCGCAUGUGGCUGAAAAAGUGCUUGAAGCGCAUCAGAGCCAAACAGCAACAGUCUUGCAGCAUCAUCCACAGCCUGAGGGUGAGCCAGCAGCAGGAAAUGAGCAAAUUUGUGAACCUUCCCAGCAUCGAGACCACACAGCCCAGUGAGGACACGCACGCCAAUAGCCAAGACAUUGGCAUGCAACCUGAGAGCAGCAGUCAGCAGCAGCUUCUGAGCCCCACGCUGUCAGACCGAGGUGGGAGUCGACAGGAUGCUUCAGAUGCUGGGAAACCACAAAGGAAGUUUGGGCAGUGGCGUUUGCCCUCAGCACCAAAGCCUAUAAGCCACUCUGUGUCCUCAGUCAACCUGCGCUUUGGAGGACGGACCACAAUGAAAUCAGUCGUGUGCAAAAUGAACCCCAUGACGGAUGCUGCUUCUUGUGGUUCUGAAGUCAAGAAGUGGUGGACCCGACAACUGACUGUGGAGAGUGAUGAAAGUGGGGAUGACCUUCUGGAUAUUUAGGAGGAAAAUGAUGGAGAGGACAGUCCAAUGGUCAAAGCCAUCAUCUCUGCUCUCCUCCUAUGCCCAGUGAGCAUCCAUCAUUGAAACCUCAUUUAACUGCAACUUGUCUCAAAAUUUUCUUACAAGGAUUUUUUU